GGCGUUUCUCGCGCGUUUUUAGUCUAACCGUCCGUUGUCGAUAUAUCACAUUUUUCCUUUUCUGUCUAAACUAGUUGUUGAAUUCUCUCAAGUAUUGAUUCUCGCAUCAUUAAAAAUGCCAGGCAGCACGUGCGUUUUCAAGUUUGCUAAGCUCUCCGAGAAGGCCUUCGCACCGGUCAAAGGGUCUGUCCAGGCCGCUGGGUACGACCUCAGGAGUGCUUAUGAAUACGUCAUCCCUGCCAGAGGGAAGGAACUCGUCAAGACUGAUCUCCAGAUUGAAGUUCCUGAAGGAACUUAUGGAAGAGUAGCUCCUCGUUCAGGACUGGCUUGGAAGAAUCACCUUGAUGUCGGCGCUGGUGUCAUUGAUGCUGAUUACAGAGGAAAUGUUGGAGUUGUCAUGUUCAACCACAGUGAUUCAGACUUCAAGAUUUCCCCCGGCGAUCGAGUGGCUCAGCUCAUCUGUGAGAAGAUCGCUUACCCCGAUCUUAUGGAAGUCAAAACUCUGGAUUCUACUGAAAGGGGAGAGGGAGGAUUUGGAUCGACAGGCACCAACUAAUUUUCAUGAUCAAACUGAACCAAAAAAGAUGAAUCAACCUUGCAUUUACCUCCGUACUGUAUCACUGCCUUAACCUAUUUAUGGUUGAACUGAGGAGAUUGUGGUCCUCAAAUUUACCUCCACUUUUUCCAAUCCCCACUACAAUCGUUGUCUCCCACCUCUGACACUCAGGGCUACAAUCUCCUCAGUCCUUCCUAUUAUAAUAUUUUGUUCCUAUUUUUUACUAAUAAAGAUGAAAGAAACGUAAA